AUGGUUAACAAGAUCAUGCUCGUCUUUAUCGGCUUCGAUGUCGCCUUCCUCCUCUGCGCGGUCCUCCAUCUCAUAAUACCUCUCUACACCCAGAACAUGGUCAAGAACAACAACACCGUGGAUAACAUCGCGAACAAUCUCCUUCUGGACCAUUGUCCUCUGCUCGCCUCCAUGGUCAACUCGGUCAUCAUGUUCAUCACAUCCCUUCUCGCCAUACCCGCACUGUUCAACAGGUCGAACCGCUCCUACCUGGUAGUUCACUGCUGGGGCAUCGUUCUGUCCGCGACUCUCACCCUCGGUAUUGGGCUAGCGAUCUGGUUCUCGACCCUUGAGACUCAUAAGAACUUAAUCCCCAUCUGGAAAGCGCAGUCCGACGAAGUCCUAUCUAUGUUGCAGGCACGAUUCCAGUGCUGCGGUUACGACAACCCGUCUCUAUUCAUCAAAGAUGCCACUUGUACGAGCGCUGCGACCGCGGCAAGACUUGGAGGUUGCAUGGUUCCUUUUGGCCGCUUUGCCAAUCAGUUCCUGGAUAUCGUCUUUACCGCUUUUUUUGGAUUCGUCGCGGUCGACAUGAUGACCCUGCUGGCCGCUAUGUGUUUGAUUAAGGAUCGUAAGGAAAAGGAAAGAUAUAGACUGAUUGACGAGAAGAGGGGGUACGGCUCAAUCUAG